AUGCGACUCCCCUCGCCGGAUGAAAGCGUGGCCAAGCGUCUAUGCCUACGUUUUGCACCACGGCAUUUUGCAUCUUUUAUCUGCCCUCAUAGGACAGGUUCAAUUGGAAUCCGUGUCCUUUCGACAGGUCGCAUGAUGCCUUCAUGUUCCGAUUUAUUCGACUACACAUCUGGGCGAUGGAUGUAUAAUGACGCCUUACGGCACCGGGAGCGGAGGCGCGUCUUCAACGUUCCAGAGCUCAAGCGUCUAGCGGCUUCGUCCAUUCGCCAAAAGGAAGAAGAUGUGGUCGCUUUCGAGAAGCUUGCUGAGGGAGGGUUCAAUAGAAGCUUCUUAAUCACUAUGCGGGAUAAUUUUCAAUUUGUUGCCCGCAUUCCGUAUCCAGUAAUCCAACCUAAGUCUUUGCUGAUCGCGAGUCAAGUGGCAACCAUGGACUUUCUCCGUUCGCAUGGCUUACCAGUCCCAGAGGUCUACAGCUACUCAGCUAGUGCUGAUAACCGAGCGCAACCAGAAUAUAUCUUUAUGGAACUUGUUCAAGGACAGAGCCUGGGCGAUAUUUGGUUCGAUCUCUCUGAAAAGCAGAGGACCAAACUAAUCGCAAAACUAGUACAGCUACAAUCUCGAUCGUUUGCAUUGCGGUUUCCAGCAAGUGGGAGUAUUUAUUACAGCUCCGACCUGCCAGGGAGCAACAAGGUCAUUCUUCCGAGUUCCCCAAGAGCUGACUUGCAAGUAGAGCAUGGACUAUACCAAGAGCGCCUAGCAUUUCUAAAUGCCCGUGCCAAGAAGGAGAUUGUAUACCGUUCGAGAUUCGGGAAGCCGCUUCAGCCCUUCGCGCGUCUUCGCAGAGACACUUACAACUACCAGCCACAAUCACAUCUUGAUUAUAUUGGAACUCUCAAGCAAUACCUUCAAAUUGCAACCAAUCUCAUCCCUCACGGCAAUUCAACCCUCCAUUGUCCAGUAUUGCGGCAUCCCGAUCUUCAGCCGAACAAUAUAUUCGUUUCUGACGAAUUGGAAAUUAGUGGAUUGAUUGACUGGCAGCACCGCACCAUUCUCCCUCUUUUCCUGCAGUGCGCUAUUCCUGACAGUUUGCAAAACUACGGCGACGACGCUGAACUUUUUCGUAAGCGUCAGCUUCACUAUCUCUAUGUCAAAAUGACUUCAGAGCUAAACCCUGAACAUUACAAUGCUUUAGCAUAUAAUUUCAGCGUGCUGAGGCGGCGAAUCCUUCACUAUGCGAGUGAUCCAUGGGAGGGAGACAAUGUAACACUAAAGUCGAAUCUGAUUGCUUUGUCACGAAAGUGGGUGGACAUCAAUGGUGGCAAUACAUCACCUUGUCCACUCAUGUACUCUGAUACUGAGUCAAAUGAAUGUUUGAGGCUAGCACACGCACAGGCAGAAGCAGAUGAGCAACUCAAAAUUUGUCAGGACCUGAUCGGAUAUGAGGGAGCCACGGCACGUGAGCGAACGUUGAAGAGGGAUGCCCUCAAUGCGGCUGAAACGGCAGAAGAGAGAACGAGGAUACAAGAGAAUUGGAUCUUUGAUGAUCUUUGUGAAGAUGAUUAUAUGUGA